UAUUAGCAAGAAACAUGGCCGACUUUGAUCAGUUGACGUUUGCAAUGACAUUUGAUUUCUAAUACAUAUCCGACAUUGCAAUUUUUGUUGAAAUAAAUCUUACGUAUUUUCCUAAAUAUGCAAGCAUUACAAGCCCUGGAAAGUAUUGCGGUCGUUGAAAAUGAUGUCAUUAAUCGGCGCAGAAAAGUGUAUCGGUCAAGAGGGAAUCCAUUUUCUUUGGACGAUGAAGAAUUCCGGAAACGAUAUCGGUUCUCAAAAAAAACGGCUACUUUUAUUAUAAAUUUAGUCCGGGAAGACUUGAAGCUGAGCGCUAAAGGUUGUGGUACCUCACCAGAGUUGCAAGUAUUGACGGCAAUAAGAUGUUGGGGACGUCGUGAGGUUCAAGAAGAUGCUGGAGACCUUCAUGGAUUAUCUCAAGCUACUACUAGCCGUAUAUGCAACAGGGUGGCGCGGGCGCUAGCACGACAUUCAUCAGAGUUUAUAAAGAUGCCUACAUCUCUUGCAGAAGAACAGAAGCUGAUGAUGGAAUUCCGCCAAAUAAGGAACUUCCCAUCGAUAAUUGGCUGCAUUGAUUGUACCCAUAUUAAAAUAAAAAAGCAUGGUGGUGAUUUAGCCCAAUAUUAUAUUAAUAGAAAGGGUUAUUACUCUCUCAAUGUUCAGGUGACCUGUGAUGCUAGUCUGCGCAUCAGAGACAUAGUUGCAAGGUGGCGAGGAAGCACUCAUGAUGCACGGAUAUUUAACGAAUCCGUCCUUAGAGAACGCUUUGAAGCAGGGGAGUUUAGAGGAAGAUUGCUAGGUGACUCUGGAUACAGACUAGAGCCAUAUUUGUUUACUCCGAUAUUAAAUCCACAUAACCAUGCUGAACAAAAUUAUAAUGAGGCACAUAUUGCAACAAGAAAUGUUGUAGAACGUUGUUUUGGUGUAUGGAAACAGCGCUUUCAAUGCCUGCUCCAUGGCAUGCCAAUGAAAUUUGGCAAUGUUAAAACUACUAUUGUGGCACUUGCAGUUUUGCACAAUAUUGCAAUUGUAUAUAAAGAUACAAAUGUGGUGGAGGACAAUUGUGAGCCCAGUACAGAAGAGCUACCAGAACAGCCCAGUAACAUGGACUCGAACCAUAGGCGAGGUAGAAAUGCUGCAAUCUUGCAAGCUUUUAUUGCAAGGCACUUCGAUGAAUAAACUUCUCCUCGCUUGCAGUUCCCUCCUGCAUUCCAUUUCACAAGCAGCAAUUAGUUCUGCAGGUGAACCAACUUGACUUGUG